CGCGCAUGCGCCUUGCCCGCUCCAUAAACCCGAAGUCUUGUUUGGGAGUGCUAAGGAGGCAGGUCCAGCCAGAGGGGCAGCCAGUUUCAUUUAAGUGAGUUUGGAACCCUGGAACUCAUUGCAGAAGUUGGAGUGAAAGCCUUCUUGUUAAAUACCGAUUUACCCAUCCUUAACUUGUCUGCCUUUUCUGCUUCCAAAUCCGUGUCCAUCAAUCAUCCUGAAGGAUUGGACUGGCUGGCCCAAUGCUAUAUUUCUAUGAUCCCUAAUUGCAGAUACAUUACCAGGGUUUCCAGAUCCAAACUUGAAGCCAGUGAAGAUAACAGAUGCUUUGAACAAAUGGACCACUUUGAGAAUUUUCUGCAAGAGCAUAAAGAAAGAGUCUCUAAGGAUAUUCCAAGUGACUAUGGGAAACAGACAGGUAGUAGCCAGAUUAAUGAAACUGACAGAAAAUCAAAACGCCUUCGAAGGAAGAGAAAACUGCUGUUGGAUUCUGACGAUGAGGAAGAAAAUGCCGAUGAUGAAGAGGAAAAGAGCAAAUUUAAUUUGAAAAAUCCUAGGAAUCUUAAGCCAGUAAAACAAGAUUUUCCUGGGAAGAGCUGUGUAUGGAACUGGGUGUCCUAUCUAGAAGAAGAACACAUGCCAGCUGCUCCACUGAAACUUUUCAGAGAGUCUCAAUCAUUCCCACAAAACAAAAAUGGAUUUAGAGUUGGAAUGAAAUUGGAGGGCCUCGAUCCUGAACAUCCAUCUUUAUUUUGUGUCCUUUCUGUUGAUGAGGUGCAGGGGUACAGAAUGAGGUUACAUUUUGAUGGUUAUUCUGAGUGCUAUGAUUUCUGGGUUAAUGCGGACUCUCCGGACAUUCAUCCUGUUGGAUGGUGUGAAAAAACAGGCCAUAAGCUGCUCCCUCCUAAAGGUUACAAAGAGAGGGAGUUUAAUUGGACGUCAUACUUGAAAAACUGCAAGGCUUCAGCUGCCCCAAAGACUCUUUUCAAGGCCACAAACACACCCAUUACCCCUUCUGGCUUUCGAGUGGGAAUGAAGUUAGAGGCUGUAGACAAAAAGAAUCCAUCCUUGAUGCGUGUUGCAACCAUUGCAGACAUGUUAGAUAAUCGGCUGCUGGUUCAUUUUGACAACUGGAAUGAAAGCUAUGAUUACUGGUGUGAUUCCGGGAGCCCGUAUAUUCGUCCUGUUGGUUAUUGCCAAGAAACUGGAACUCCUUUAAUAACACCAGCUGAGUACAAAGAUUCCAAAACCUUCACAUGGGAAAAAUACUUGGAAGAAACGGGUUCGCAGGCAGCCCCAGCAAGAGCAUUUAAACCGCACCCAGCUCAUAGAUUUCAGGCUAAUAUGAAACUGGAAGCUGUAGACAAAAGAAAUCCGAUGUUAAUUAGAGUGGCAACUAUCGUUUCAACAGAAGACCAUCAUUUGAAGAUACACUUUGAUGGUUGGGACCCUUACUUUGACUUCUGGGUUGAUGCCUAUAGUUCAGAUAUUCACCCUGUGGGUUGGUGUGCCAAAGCCGGGCAUGACCUGCAGCUCCCACCAGGUCCUUCAGAUCCACCUGGGACAUCGGGACAAGGAUGCCCUACUCCAGGAUGUCAGGGAUUGGGUCACGUUAGGGCCCCCCGAUAUGGAACACAUUACACAUUGGUUGGCUGCCCGUAUUCUGAAAUCAAUCGCAACCGAGAAAGCCCUUUACAGGAUCGCCUUGGGGGAGAAAAACCUUUACCUAUUUCCAUUCUUCACAAACUCAAGAAAUCUGAAACUUCUGUAUCACUUACAGAUCUGGAGGAAGACUCUCCGCAGUCUAGAAAGUCAUCCACAGAAAAUGGAGAUCUGUCAGGACAAAGCAAUGCCCACAAUCUAUUAGAGCAGUCUGAGGCCAGCCAACAGAAGGACUGGGCUGAAGGGGAAUCCUCUGUUGAUAUCAAAGUCAAAUCCAAAGGGACUGAUUGCUCACAUGGCUAUAUAAAGCUCCAGGUCAUAAAACAAGAUGUCGAUGGAAGAGGCACAACAUUUGCUCUGCAGCAGGCCCUUCACCAAUCUAUCUUCAUGCCUUCCCUUUCUGCAAACCCUAUGCACCGCCUCCAUCUUUGCUGGGAGCAACACUGUAAGCUGCUGCCAGAGGUCUCAGGCCUCACUGCCAAGAAUGUGGCCAAAUGGAGUGUUGAAGAGGUGGCUAGUUUUAUCCAGCGCUUGCCUGGCUGUAAGGAUCAGGCCGCUCUCUUCCGACAAGAGCAGAUCGAUGGCGAGGCUUUCCUUCUCCUGAACCAGACGGACAUUGUCAAAAUUCUUAGUAUCAAACUGGGACCUGCCUUAAAAAUCUACAAUGCCAUCCUGAUGUUCAAGACGGCCGAAGAGGACUGAGGGGCCAGGGAUGGGAACACGGCGGCAACAGAGAGAGAAGAGCACCCAUCGUUCCUGUUAUCGCAAAGACUGGCCUCUCGGAGCCUUGUCCAAAUCACAUUUCAAGCCGUCUUGAGCGACGGAUUCUGGUUAAAACAGUCCCUUCUGCCACUGGGAAUAGAUUUGGUGGCUUCCCUUCUAGGAAGAGAUAUCUUUUCGUAUUGAAUUUGGGUAUAUUGAUCUUUUGUGAAGAUCUUGAUGAGACACACAUACCUUUGGCUUCUAAGAGGAAUUCUGGGUGUUGUUUUAGGCAGGGAGUCAAGCCUAAGCCAACUCACUUCACCCUGUUGACAGUGCCUAAAGCAGAGCUGGAGCUGUUACUGACAUGCUUGAUAAUAGAGUCUAUCUAUGUGUCCAGAAUUUAGAGGUGAAGUAUAAGAGAAUAAGGAAAGGGAAUUCAGCUACAAAUUCCUCAUGAAAAAUAUUUUUUCCAGGCUAGUUUUCAGGCUUGAUGGGUUCCCCC